AUGAUUUAUUUUGAAGCAAACGUUACCACUACUAUACCCAAUCUGACAUAUUUCAUGAAUUCUAAUAAUAAGUACCCAAAGAAUAAUAGUAUAGCAGGCCUUCCGACAAACAAUCCUUCUGGAAUGGAUUAUUCACAACCAGAAUAUACGCAACCGCAAAGUCAAUCACAUCAACAACAUCAGGCAUUACCACAUCAGGCAUUACCACACCAGCAGUUGCCACAUCAACAACCACACCAACAACCACACCAACAACCACACCAACAAUACCGUCAACAAGGUGAGUACAAUUCGAAAUUUACUCCCCAAGAUAUUCAGGUAUUGAAGCAAUUGUUGAUUACGGGAGAGAAACACAAGUGGAAGCAGAUCACCAAGGAAAUUAAUUACCAGGCAGCGAGCAGAAAAAACAUGGUCAGUGACCAAGGUGGAUAUGGUUGCUCGAGCGACGAUAGUAGCACCCCGAACAGCUACGUAGGAGGCACGAGCCCCGGGAAAUUGAAGAAUGUUUCGCCUACGUUUGUCAUCAAGCAAUACCAGGCAUUGUUAGGCUUGCCCAAUAACUCUAUGUACUUUGGUCUCGUUGGUUCGUCAUUACCGUACGUUGCAGGAUCCAACGGUUGGGAUGACAUACAAAACGUAUCCGGCAUGUAUGAUAGCAUAUCUGACACUCAGAACGACGUUGAAUGA